CAAACACGAUUUGGAAUACGCGUGUGACUUUCUAAACUGAAAAGAUGAGAGUGUCUAGAAUUGGACCCGAACAAGACAACAAGGCUAGAGAGGCUCGGCCCCUCCUUGACGACAACAGCCGAUCCACUCGAGCAGGCCCCACCGAGGGGAGCAUCUCUAGAAUCUCCACGCGCUGUUCCAAAUCCACAAUCCUAGUAAUAUCGUCAGCUGGGAGCUGGCGCGACUGUCCUGCAUGCGCACGGGUCGCCCGCGCCAGGUUGGAUCCACCAUGGGCCAUGGCAUUUGGCGGGCGUGCUGCAUGCACGUCCACGUCCGACGCGCCAUGUCAGACCCUGGUCAACGCGCCUCCCCGCGCGACGGCCACCGUAUAUAAAGCAGCCCGAUCGAUCCGAGCGAGUAACAACAAACAAGACUGUCUUCCAUCAUCUCUCGUUCAAUUCCUUUCAACAAGUAGUAAACCGCAAGCUCAUAAGCCAGCAGCACCCUUGGCGCGCGUUCCUUUCAACAGCGACACGCACGCAUCAUUAGAUCAGAGCUUGAUUUCCAGUGUUCUUUAGCGCCAUGUCGUCGACUUCGGCGGCGGAGGUUGUGGCCGAGGGCGGGGGGAGGAAGUACAAGGGGGUGCGGCGGCGGAAGUGGGGGAAAUGGGUGUCGGAGAUCCGCCUGCCCAACAGCCGGGAGCGCGUGUGGCUGGGCUCCUACGACGCGCCCGAGCAGGCCGCACGCGCCUUCGACGCCGCCUUCGUCUGCAUCCGCGGCGCCCACGCCGCCGGCGCCGACCUCAACUUCCCCGAUUUUCCACCUCCUGUGCCGCCUCGCCACUUCGCCGCACCCGCCGUCGUCGAUCCGCAGGAGGUGCAGGCGGCCGCGCUCUCCCACGCCAACCGCGCCUCCGCCGCCGCGCUUUUCAUGGAUUCCUCGCCGGCGGCGACGGAGACACCGCCGCCGGCCGCCGCGGCCAUGGACGAAGACGACGUGCCUGGCGGUUGUCAGGGUGUGGGGCCGCCGGAGGACGGGAGCAUGGACUGGCGCCCGGCCAUGCCGCCACUCUUCUCGCCGACGGGCUGCUGGCCUGGCGGCGGCAGCAAUGCGUACGACUUCUUGCUGCAGGUUCCGCCGCCAUUAUUUGGCGACGAGGACGUCAUGGAUCAGGAGGAGGAGGAGAGCGGCCAUGGCGCGGAUGCUUCUCUCUGGAGCUUUGACCCCAGAUCGGACUCAUACUUCAGAUACUGAGAUCGAGCUAGAGCUAGCACAGUCUAAUUAAGAUGCUACUACUGUUAACACGGGAAAUAUUGACCCCAAAUUAAGCUUGUAUGCAUAAGAGCUGCACGUACUUUCAGCCGCAUGCAUUGCUACGGUUAUUUUAAUUACCGUCUACUGCAUUGCUACGAGUACAUAUUUACAUACUUCGGUUGCAUUGCUAGGUUUUGAGUUUUGACACGGUUCGCAGCCGUAUUUUGUCUUGUCCGUGUGUCUCGCAAGAUGCACAUAUAUUUUCACUGGAAUUGUAAGCUGAGUUAGUUUCCCUUAAAAUAUGAUCAUGUGCAUACCACAA